AAGGAAAGUUGGAGACAAAAUGGGAAGAACAAUAAUUCUUGCUAACCAAACACAUCAUCAUCAUCAUUCAUCAGGAAACUAACAACCAGAGAUUGGUUUCCUCAAAUCCAUCAUCCCCUUUUCCUGUCUUCCCUCCCCUCAGUUGGGUUUGUUUUCAGAUUUGAAAUCACUCAUCCAACUCUCUCUAAUAAAAGAAAUUCAAUCUUUUUUUUCUUUUUUCUUUUUUCACUCUCCAGCUUUAUUUCUUUCUUGUCACCACCAAAUCAACUUAAUGUGAUUCCUGGUGUGGAAUUUCAUCUGGGAUUUUUCUAAAAAUCAUGCCCAGAUCUUAACAUUUUUUUUAUCUUGAUACAUCACCUUUGAGUUGUUUGAGCCUCAGAUACAAGAAAAAAUCAAGGCACAACAGUGGAUCAUAUAAAGCUUUUAUGUUGGUUUAGGGUGGUGAAGAUAAGAAUUUUGUGAGGUGCAUGAUCCCCAUGGGUCACUAUAAUUGGUUUAGUAAUUGGAUUUCUGCAGCUUAGACCUUUCUGAUUUGACGAUGCGUCUUUAGUUUUGAGUAUUUUGAGCAGCAAAGCAUUUAGGUCUACUUGAAGGAGAUGAUCAAGCAGAUACUAAAUAGGCUCCCACGGAAGCCAUCCAAGUCAGCAGACAAUCGUGAUGGAGGAAGCUCUACAUUUCAGUCAAAUGCUUCAAAUAGUUCAAGAAGCGUUGACUUGUCUAGUUCCCGAUCCGGAAGUUUGAGUGCUACGUCUCUUUCAGGCGUCACUGGUUCUUCAACUCCAGGACUGAAUCAUGGGGAUAGGCUUCCACAGGCUAUAAAUGCUAAGGUGAAUGGAAAUGCAUCAGUUUUCUCAUACGAGGCAUUGCCUAAUUUGAGGGAUGUACCAGCUUCCGAGAAGCAAAACUUGUUCAUCAAAAAGCUGAACUUGUGUUGUGUCUUGUUUGACUUUUCUGACCCAACUAAAAACUUGAAAGAGAAAGACAUCAAGCGGCAGACAUUGGUGGAGCUAGUUGAUUACGUUACUUCUGCAAAUGGGAAAUUUCCAGAAGCUGUCAUGCAAGAAGUAAUUAAAAUGGUAUCCUCAAAUUUAUUCAGGCCUCCUACUCCCCAGCCUCCCGAAAACAAAGUUUUAGAAGCUUUUGACGUAGAAGAAGAUGAACCAUUGAUGGACCCUGCAUGGCCACAUUUGCAAAUUGUGUAUGAGUUCCUUCUCAGGUUUGUGGCAUCACCAGAGACAGAUGCAAAAUUGGCUAAGAGAUACAUUGAUCACUCAUUUGUUCUAAGAAUAUUAGAUCUCUUUGAUUCAGAAGAUCCUAGGGAAAGAGAGUACUUGAAGACUGUACUUCACCGGAUAUAUGGAAAGUUCAUGGUGCACCGUCCAUUCAUUAGGAAAUCAAUCAACAAUAUAUUUUAUCGGUUUAUUUUUGAAACUGAGAAACAUAAUGGAAUAGCAGAACUCUUAGAAAUUUUGGGCAGUAUAAUCAAUGGAUUUGCUCUACCACUCAAGGAAGAGCACAAGUUGUUCCUCGUUCGAGCUCUUAUCCCACUUCAUAAACCAAAGUGCGCACAAAUGUAUCAUCAGCAGUUAUCUUACUGCAUAAUACAAUUUGUGGAAAAGGACUGCAAGCUUGCUGAUACUGUCAUAAGGGGUCUGUUGAAAUAUUGGCCUAUCACAAACAGCUCAAAGGAGGUAAUGUUCUUAGGUGAGCUGGAAGAGGUCCUAGAAGCAACUCAGCCCCCAGAGUUUCAGCGCUGUAUGGUUCCAUUGUUUCAUCAGAUCAGUCGUUGCUUGAGCAGCUCACACUUUCAGGUGGCUGAGAGGGCUUUGUUCCUGUGGAACAAUGAUCAUAUUGAGAACCUAAUCAAACAAAAUCGUAAAGUUAUACUGCCAAUAAUCUUUCCUGCCUUGGAGAAGAAUACUAGAGGCCACUGGAAUCAGGCAGUACAAAGCUUGACAUUAAAUGUCCGCAAAAUAUUCUCUGAUAUAGAUCCUGAACUUUUUGAGGAAUGCUUGCACAAAUUUGAAGAAGAUCUGGCUCAUGAAGAAGAGAACAAGACAAAACGUGAAAUGACUUGGAAACGGUUAGAGGAAAUCGCUGCAACAAAAGCUGCUAGCAAUGAGCCAGUGCUCGUUUCUCUUAGGACAACCCCUCAUUCAUCCACUGGCUAGUAGAGACUAGUAUAUUUGUCACUCGUACAUCAACCUUGAUGAGCUGACCUGUAUGCUAAUCGAGGAUGGGAAUUGUGCCAAAGGAGGUGGAAUCAACAAAAUGAGCCACGUCUCCGUGUCUGUUCAUACUGUGAUACUUACCAAAAAUUUGCUUUCCCAGGUCUCUCAGUGAACAGAACUGGAUACCGACUCUAUUUGCAUUCAGAUGCGACUAUUGUACAUAUGGAAUUGCGUGGCAGAGCCUCCAUGUUUUAUAUUCUGCAGUGCAGCCAUAGCUGGAGUUAAUAUGGUAUUUUUUUAGUUGAAUUUACAAGUGAUGAGAUUAAAAGAACAUCAUUCUUCAGGUAUCUGUUAAGAUUAUUUUUGCAUCUAGUUUCGUUCUAGUCUGCAGAUAAAUCCCUGUAGUAUCACAUGUAUGUUUGGCAUUUGCUGCUUGGCAUAAUGUUUCUGUAGAUAAUCCUCUGAACUUUCCAAAUUAACACAGGAAAGGCAAUGUUGAAUGACCUUAUUCUUUUGUAUUUACCAUUGCUUGCCAUUGAGUUUGUCAGAAAUAUAUUCUGGAGGGUGUGGCUUGGA